AUGGAAAUCAGCUGGUGCAAAAACUACAACAACAAUAGGUCCAAAAACUACAACUGCAGAACCUGCGGGCCCUGCAAAUACCACCGCUGGUGCAUCAACGACAGCAGCUGGCAAGACAACCACAACGACUGGUCCAACAACUACCACAGCAGGUCCAACAUCUACCACAGCAAUUCCAACAACUACAUCGUCUGGUUCAACAAGUACCACGGAGAGUCCAACAACCACAACAGCUGCUCCAACAACCACAACUGCAGGUCCAACAACUACCACAGCAGUUCCAACAACUACAACCUCAAGUCCAACAACUACCACAGCAGGUCCCACAACAACAACAGCAACAGCAACUCCCACAACUAUAUCGUCUGGUCCAACAAGUACCACGGAGAGUUCAACAACCACAACAGCUGCUCCAACAACCACAACUUCAGGUCUAACAACUACCACAGCACGUCCCACAAAGACAACUGCUCUUCAAACCACCAAAACUGCAGGUCCAAUAACUACCACAGGAGUUCCAACAACUAUAACUUCAAGUCCAACAACUACCACAGCAGGUCCCACAACAACAAAAGCAACCCCCAUAACUGCAUCGUCUGGUUCAACAAGUACCACGGAGAGUCCAACGACCACAACAGCUGCUCCAACAACAGCAACUGCAGGUCCAACAACUACCCCAGCAGUUCCAACAACUAUAACUUCAAGUCCAACAACUACCACAGCAGGUCCCAUAACAACAACAGCAACUCUUACAACUACAUCGUCUGGUCCGACAAGUACCACGGAGAGUCCAACAACCACAACAGCUGCUUGAACAACAGCAACUGCAGGUCCAACAACUACCACAGCAGUUCCAACAACUACAACUUCAAGUCCAACAACUACCACAGCAGGUCCCAGAACGACAACAGCUCCUGAAACAACCACAACUGAAG